GAGAAUUGACACAUGUUUCUUUACAUGUAUAUAAAAGAAAGGGACUCCCAGCAAUUUUGAAAGAUAAGAUAUAGAUUUUCGGGGACCUAGAAUCGCCAUCAAAUAUGUAUUACGUCACACUGUUUGUCUUGUCGGCAUGUGCAAUGUCAGCGUAUGCUGCUACAGUCCCUCCCCCGGCAAAUGUUACAACCUCCAACAUAAGGAGAUGUCGUCAAUGUAACAGAGCUAGUACCCUCUCUGACUGUAAUAAACUCGUUACUUGUGACAGCACAUUAGAGGACUGCUUCAUGGACGAGCUUAUCACCGAUCAACUUACUGUUGUUUAUGUUGGUGGUUGUAGAGCUAAGACUGUGUGCAAUUCGUCAGGAAAGAAGAGAAGAAAUGAUCUCGUGGCUUGUUCAAGAUGUUGUGAUUUUGAUGAAGAUUGUAACAAACGUCUUUGUGGAAUUAAAGACGACACACUUAAUUCAUCCCAGUGUUACUCUUGCGAUCACAGAACAUCUGAACAAUCUGAAGUGAAGGACCCAAAGACGUGUGUAACCCUAGAUACAUGCCAACCUAAUGAGGUGUGUUAUGCAACGACGACAGAUAUUGGUGGAAAAGACACGUUUUACUAUGGUUGUUUAUCUAAACUGCAAUGCGGAUUCCUGAUGGAAAAAGCAUAUAAAGAUUUUCAAGAUUGUGUGUCAAAUAAGACAGCCCUAGCACCAGGUCCUGCACGGGAUGCAGUAUGUGGAAAUGUUGGUCGUGCAACCAGCCUGUGUCACUCUUGCUGCGCUGAUGGUGGAUGUAACUAUGGGACAUGCGAAGAAUUAAAUAACAGAAUAUUUGCUUUGGCGGAGAACGGAAAGUUUGACAUCAAAACUUUAAAAACAACAUAGAUAUUUACCUUUUCUAUAAAUGAUAAGUGCCAAUUUGUUGAUAUUUUUAUGUACACGGAAUCGAAAAAAAAAAUAAAAGGCGUCCUUCAGAA